CCCUCCCUCCCUCCUUCCCUUCCCUCCCUCCCUCCCCUUUCGGCUGGAUCGGUGCGCCGGGGCGCCCUAUCCCCUCCGCAGCUGGGACGCGCCGAACUCGAGGCAGGAGUAGGCUCUCCGGAGCCUGGUCCCUCCCUUCCCCUUCCCUGUCCCCUUCCCCCACCCCCGACGCGGGCUUGGCUCGGCGACCAGAGGAAACCCGAGCCGGCCCCACGCCCCUGAGCUGGAGGGAUGGAGAACUCGUCGGCAGCCUCGGCCUCCUCGGAGGCUGGGAGCAGCCGAUCCCAGGAGAUCGAGGAGCUGGAGCGCUUCAUCGACAGCUACGUGCUGGAGUACCAGGUGCAGGGGCUGCUGACCGACAAGACGGAGGGUGACAUUGAGAGCCAGAGGACGCAGUCCCACAUCUCCCAGGAGGAAGCGCUCAAUGGUGGACCACCCAUGAAGGGAUUAACAGAAGAAUGGACAGCGGAUUGCAGCGAGCAGCUCAACAGCAGCUGCUCCUUCUCCAGAGGGCGAGCCCCGCCGCAGCAGAAUGGCGGCAAGGACAGCACUCUGGACAUGCUGGGCACAGACAUCUGGGCUGCCAACACCUUUGAUUCCUUCAGUGGUGCCACCUGGGACCUGCAGCCUGAAAAGCUGGACUUCACCCAGUUCCACCGGAAGGUCCGGCACACGCCCAAGCAGCCACUGCCACACAUCGACCGCGAAGGGUGUGGAAAAGGGAAACUGGAAGAUGGGGAUGGCAUCAACCUGAAUGACAUUGAGAAGGUCCUCCCGACGUGGCAGGGCUACCACCCGAUGCCCCAUGAAGUGGAGAUCGCACACACCAAGAAGCUGUUCCGGAGGAGGAGAAACGAUCGAAGAAGGCAGCAGAGACCUCCCGGGGGGAACAAGCCCCAACAGCACGGGGACCACCAGCCGGGCAGUGCCAAACACAACCGGGAUCACCAGAAAUCCUACCAGGGGGGCUCAGCGGCCCCCGCCUCAGGGAGGCCUACCCACCACGGCUACAGCCAGAACCGGCGCUGGUACCAGAGCAGCAUGAAGCACCCUCCAGGGGACAAGGGGGAGGCAGGAGCCCACCGCAACGCCAAAGAGACCGUGGCCAUCGAGAGCCCCAAACUUGAGGACACCCCAGGGGACACCAGGAACAGUGGCCUUGAAACCCCCCGCAGCCCUGACACCCUCACCCCAACAGCUCCCGAGAGGCUGCCACCACAGCCUCCAGGGGGACCAGAGGCCGAGACCAAGCACAAAGACAGUGUCCCUCCUGAGCGCGCGGGGGAGCGGCCCAGAGUCACCCUGCUCCAGUCUUCCAAAGACAGGCUGCGGCGGAGGCUAAAGGAAAAGGUACCGGCCCAGGAUGAAGUGGCCGUGGAGACCACCAGCCCCCAGCAGAACAAGAUGGACAAGCUGAUCGAGAUCCUGAACAGCAUGCGCAACAACAGCAGCGACGUGGACGCCAAGCUCACCACCUUCAUGGAGGAGGCCCAGAACUCCACCAACUCCGAGGAGAUGCUGGGCGAGAUCGUGAGGACCAUCUACCAGAAGGCCGUGUCGGACCGCAGCUUCGCCUUCACAGCCGCCAAGCUCUGUGACAAGAUGGCCCUCUUCAUGGUGGAAGGGACCAAGUUCCGCAGCCUGCUCCUCAACAUGCUCCAGAAGGACUUCACAGUGCGCGAGGAGCUGCAGCAACAGGACGUGGAGCGCUGGCUCGGCUUCAUCACCUUCCUGUGCGAGGUGUUCGGCACCAUGCGCAGCAGCACAGGCGAGCCCUUCCGCGUGCUGGUGUGCCCCAUCUACACGUGCCUCAGGGAGCUCCUGCAAUCUCAGGACGUGAAGGAAGACGCGGUCCUCUGCUGCUCUAUGGAGCUGCAGAGUACAGGCCGGCUGCUGGAGGAACAGCUGCCCGAGAUGAUGACGGAGCUCCUGGCCAGCGCCCGAGACAAGAUGCUGUGCCCCUCGGAGUCCAUGCUGACGCGGUCACUGCUCCUAGAGGUCAUCGAGCUCCAUGCCAACAGCUGGAACCCUCUGACACCCCCCAUCACACAGUACUACAACAGAACCAUCCAGAAACUGACAGCCUGACAGCCGGGGGGCCUGGCGGGCAGCCCACGGGCAGCUGGGGCCCUGGCGCACAGGGCCAGAUGGACAGGCGGGAGGACAGGGGUGGCCCUGGCGGGAGAAAGAAAUGGGCAGGAAGGCAGGCAGAGUCGGUGGCCAGUCUGGAGCCAGCAGGGGAAGGGAUCAGAUCCCUGAGAGGAGCGUCCCCUCCCUCCCAGGUCCCCCGCCCCACCCCGAGCAUGCCAUGGCUCACACCAAUCAGGGAAGCAUGUGUCUUUUUCCUGGUGGCCCUGGCCCUCGCCCAUCCUCUCUCCUGCCCCUCCCACCCCCUGCCACUCCACCCAUACCCCCCCCAGCCUUUUGGCGGGUCUGUCCCUGCCGCUGCUCAAGAGCCUCCAGCAGCCUCGCACACCAGGACACCGCGUGGGUCAGAAAGGACCUCCGAAGGCUGAAAAAGUGGGUCGAGUCAGGCUCGCAUUGUUCCCGCGUGCUGUCAGCCGCAGUCGCCAACUGGCAGCAGGGACGUGUAGCAGAUGUCCGGGAAGACAAAGGCAGGCACCGUCCCCACCAGCCGCCCGUCACCGCGGGCCUUUGUCAGCCUGGCCGAGCUGGGGGCGGCACUUUUCUCUAACCUUCACGCUCCACCCUCCCGACUCGGGGUUCCCCAGGCCGAGGGGGUCGGUCGGCAGCAGGAGGGAGCUGGAGCCCGCAGCUCAGCUUGCACCCUUUUAUUUUAUUGUGUUUUAUUUUUCAAAAGUCAGUUGCUUUGAAGUCUCUCCUCUCAAUGAAAAAGCCCUCGAUGUGAUCACACAGUCAGCCCGCGAGGACCCCCUGAUUAGCUGGAGAUCAAACCUGGCCCCCUCUGGAAGGGUUCUAGCCACAAACAGCUUGCCAGUAGCCAAUUAGGGUAAUUGGAAACUUCUGCCCCGGCGGGGGUCCCGCUGGAAUCCUCUGUUCCUCGGCCCCUGGCCUGCAGCCCCUGUGCCGUCUCUCUCAAAGGGCUGAUGCUGUCGCCCCUGGACUCAGUGAGACCCAGUCCUGGCCUGGGGCAGGGGCGGGGGCAGGACUAAAACCAAAACGCACCGUUGUCCCAGGCUCAUCCUGGGGGGAACAGGGAGCUGGGGGCUGCCUGGCUCUCCAGGACUUGGAAGGGUGGCUCGUGGGCUAGAUGGCUGCCCCAGCCUCCGCCCCAGAAAGACCCAGAAGCCCAGCCCUCCAGGGUCUUGGGAAGGGGAGAAUUCAUCCAGUCAGGACAGGGACAGUCAGGUGACUGUCCCGGAAACAAGGCUGGGGUUUCUUGGAAGUCCCUCCAUCCAGAGGAACGGCUUCCAUCCUUGAUGGCUAGAGAGGAGGACGAGGUGGUCUCUGGGGUAUGGAGCCCAUGUUUUGAUAAGGCCCCAGGAGAUGCCAGCAGAGCCCAGCAGCCUCCGGACGUGCUCCUGGGUGGAGGCUGGGCAAGGCCUAGGUCAGACUGGAGGCUCUUUCUGGCCUCCUGGUUCAAAUCAGAUCGAGUGGGAAGGGAAGGGUGGGGGAGGUUUCUCCUGACUGUUCCUGAGGCCAGGGAGGCGGACAGGGUGGGUCCAAGAAGUUCCCCAGUCCCCCCCCCCAACAAGUUAUGGGGGACACAGGUUUUCUCUGCCAAGAGGCUCGUGCUCCCCUGGCCCUGGCCCCUGCCCUCUUCCUCCGCCCCUCCUUCCCAGGCUGCCUACUGCCCGGGGUCCUUCCCCAGCCCUGAGGCCCAGGGACCUCAGAAGCCCCACCAGAGGCUUGAGGGAAGAGCCAGGCUGAUUUGGGGUAGAGCUCAGCUGGUAGAGUGCUUGCUUCGCCUGCACAGGCCCUGGGUUCAGUCCCCAGCACCACACACACACACAAAAAGAAAUACAGAACCAUAUAAAUGAUUUGGGGAUGCUCAGAGAGGGCACCAGGGCACUCAUGCUCCCCGGAGCGGGAAGUCUGGCAGCCUCAGCCCGGCAAGCUACUCUCCUGCAGCGGCGGAGAGCCCACGUGUGCUGAGAUGGCUUCCCUCAGGUGUGUGUGUGGUGCGUGUGUGUGUGUGUGUGUGUGUGUGUGUGUGUGUGUGUGGAGAAUGAAGCAGGGUCCCCGAGAGGCCGGGAGUGGGGGCCUAGGUCCAGUGGAAGCAGGUCCACCCCUCCCUGGGCUCCCGGAGCAGCUCUUCCUGAAGGAGGCUCCCAGACACUGUGGCGGGGCCUCAGAGACAGGCGCCCUGGGUCUCAUGCGCGUCCCUCGGAACGGCCUGUCGGGGCCUCGCCUCAGAGCCAGCCCCUUCUUGCCCGCGAGGAGCAGUGUGAAGAAGUGCGAUAUAAAUAUGUAUACAUAUAUAAAUAUAUUUUUAAUUACGUGUCGUGUCACGGUGGCUCUAGACAAACCGUUUGCCUAGUUUAUUCCAUGGCUUGAGAGCGCUUCCUGGCCAAUCUGUAACACUUUGGGCUGAUUUUCUAAAUGCAGGUUGCUGCUACUUUUUCAGACAUAGAAGGAAAACAUUUUUAAAUUUUUUUUUUUUUUUUUUAAAGAAACAACAGCAAAGCCCAAAACGUCAGAGUCUGGGCAGCUUCCCACGGGAGACUACUCAGACAGGGACAGGGGACAGAAGCGGGUGCCCCACAGCGCCCUGCCCCUCCCCAGGCCAGCGGCCCCUCUACUACAAGAGGAAGGUCACCUCCAGCUGGCCUCUGAGUGUCUGACGGGAGGGAGGACUGGCCACUGCGUGUCCGUGGCCUGUGCUGCUCCCCUGUUGCCCGCGAUUCUUGGCGCUCGGAGGAGGCCCGGGUACAGCCAUCUGAUGUCGGUCCUCGUCUCCGCCCCGCCUGUCAGGAUGAGUUAGUCACCGUGUUCCUCUCGGGCGGCCUGCUUGCCACCCUCCUGCUGCCCACGGCCUGGUGGCUUUGCCUGAGCUCUGGGACGGCAACCCCAAGAGGGCUCCCAACCUCCCCUGGACGAGGCCGCCAGCCUCGCGCUGUCCUCCCUGGGGAAGAACAUGCACCCCCAAACCCAGUUUGUCGUCUGUCCUUCCUUAACCAGUCUGUAAACCUUCACAGUUUGGGGAUCGUCCUGUCCAUCUGUGUAAAUGUAAAUGUUGACGCAGUCGGUAUUUAUUCUCAUUUUUAUUUUAUUUUAUUUUCUCUGCGGGGCGGAGGGGGAGGGACUGCACCGAGGCUCCCGCCCCAGGCAGCUGAAGGGGCGGGGCCCAGACAGCCCGGGCUGCCAGCAGGAGCUGCCCCCUGGGGCCACCCCAGACAGUGGCCUGAGGAAGCCCAGUCCCAGGCUGUUAUCUGGCAUCAGAAGCGACCAGCGUUCCUUGUCCCACACGCGCUUGGCCUGGCCUUGGUGUGGCGUCCCUCAGCUGCUGGGCACUCUGUUGGGAAAUCUCUGACGGGGCCUUUGAAGAUGCAGAUCAGAGCAAAAACAGCUCUGCUCGGGACACGGGACACUAGCCCAGAAGGCUGGCCACCUCACCUGAGCCCGCUGGGGGCCCACCGCAGGACCUACCUCCCCAGGCGGAGCAGGGCCUGGGGCCUCCGGCCAGAGCUGCAGCGGAAACCUGCCUGCGCCCGCCCACCUCCAUCUGUAUGUCCUGCUUUUCAGCUGAACCCAAGCUACCAGUGGGUUUAAAAAAAAAUAAACAAUACCAAACGCCCCAAA